CUUUGUGUUUGCAUUUUGCAAUAUUUUAGACCUUUGGACCUUCUUUYACCACGAGAUUGAUAAGAAAACUCGACAAAAUUUGAGGUUCUGCUCCAACACGACUCGCCRAACAAGAUGGCAGCAACAUCACGACAUAUUCCUAUGGUUGUAAAAACAGCAAGGGAAAUAUUCAGGACUGGACGGUCAAGAGAAUAUGAAUUCCGUAAACAACAACUGCAAAGUCUUGUAGCAUUCUUUGAAAAUCAUGAAGAUGCUAUCCUUGAGGCUCUGCACAAAGAUCUUCACAAGCCACGCUUCGAGGGCCUUAUUGGAGAGGUAUUUAUGGUUAAAAAUGAUGCUGUAACAGCUCUUAACAACCUUGAGGAUUGGAUGAAACCAGAAUACACAGAAAAAGGUCUUCUCAACAAAAUGGAUACCUGUAUGAUUAGAAGUGAACCCCUGGGCGUGGCCCUCAUAAUAGGUGCAUGGAAUUACCCCAUUCAAGUGACUCUACUUCCACUUGUUGGUGCUAUUGCAGCAGGUAACUGUGCUGUCAUCAAGCCCUCUGAGGUUGCAUCGGCAACAGCUGAUCUUAUCAAGACACUCCUGCCCAAGUAUCUGGACGAGGUAAGGAAUUCAUGAUUGGUUGGAUGUAUGGAUUGAU